UUGUUUUAUGAAUUGGUAGAAAAUGAAAAGUUUGUAGGAAUAUUCUCUUUAAAGAUGGAAGGAGGAGAUGUGAGGAAAAUAUUUACAAAAACAAUUAUGGAUAAAUUAUCAGAGAAAGAAAAUAAUGAAUUAUGGAGCUUGAUAUGGGGAAUACUAGAAAAGUAUGAUAAAAUAUUAAAAAUGCUAGCGGGUUUUUGGAAUGAUAAAUGUAAAAUUGAUAAUGAAAAUAAGCAAAAACUUGGUCAUAAAAAUAUGGAAAAUCCAAAGGUUUUGCCAAAAAUUCAUAAAGAUGAUAAGCAUAAAGAAAAAGAACAUGAAGUUGGGUCCUCUUUACCUGCUAUUGCCCCAGAUGAAAUUUAUGACGAUUUAUACAUUGCAUUACAAAAUAUUAAAGAGGAUCAUUUUACACCUAAACCAUGUAAAGCAUUGAUGGUUGUCGAACCUCCUAAAAAUCAGUCUAAUGACGAUUCUACUUUGAAGCUUCCUUCCAAAGAGGAACAUCAUGAUACAAAAACUAAUAAUUCUAUAGCCGAUUUCCAUAAAAUGUUCAAGUCGGUCUUCGAUCGCUUCAAUGCUAAUUAUAAAGACCAUCAUGAAACCGUAAAUGAAUGUGUUCAUCCCAUAAAAGAAGAAACUAAAAAAGACCACCAUGGAACUCAUAAAACCCCUGACGACUCUACUUUGAAGCUUCCCCUUAUUAAACAAGAAAGUAAAGGAGAACAUCAUGGACAACUUAAUCCAUCUAAAACUCCUAAAAAUUUAUUUUAUGAUUUGAAGCCUCUGGUCAUUAAAGAAGGAAGUCAAAAAAAGCAUCUUGGAAAGAAGACUCCCGAAGACCCUUGUAGUGAAGGCUCUAGCUCGAAGCAUUCUCCAGGUAGAGGGGGAAAUCAAGCAGAACAACAUGGAAUCCAUCCUCCCUCCCCUCAUCCAAAAAACACAGAGGAAGAGAAUAAAGAGGAUAAUGAAUGGGUUGAGGUUGAUCCUGAUUUACAUUUGGAAGAAUUUUUUGAAGAAGAAAAGAAAAAGAAGGAUGAUGAUUGGAUUGAGCCCCCAAAUUUUAUGUAG